AUGGCUGCCGCCGCUCCCUUGAUCACGUCGCUGGACCGGCGACUUGCGGCCGAGAGCUCGGUUCACUUCCAGUGGUACGAAGGAACCCUGGUUAUCCAAGCUCUCUGCGAGGCUAGCCUUCCGCACCCACCGCAUGCUACCGCAGGCUGGCAGCAACUCGUCGACGGUGAGCCGCAGCACAAUGCAAUUUGCAAUGAAGUUCACAUCCCUGGGCCCUUUCUUCGGGGACACGUGUUUGUGGCACGCCAGCUUGAGGUCAACAUCAUUGUCACAGCAGGUUCGGUGGAGACAGGACAGCACUGGGUGGCAGUGGUUGAGCGCCUGCUUGAGCGCCAAAAAGGUCCACGCAGGGUGAAACGCCUUGGUGCGGUGUGCCCGGAACACGAGUAUGCCCGGACCUAUGCGGUGGUCAUCCUGCCCUCCCGCUGGCCCUCGGGAAACUAG